GUAUUCCUUGGACUGGGUCAUUUGCGCCGCGGCGUGGAUGAGGUAUCCAAAGGCUACUUUCUGCCGCACCACUACAGCCAUCAGUUCUUCACAUUGUCAGGUGACUAUCCAUUCCACCUCGUUGCUGUCACUGCCGAAUUCUGCUUCAGCAGCGAACAGGACCCUGACGACUGUGAGAACAUUCA